UUUUCACACAGCACGGAUCAUUUGAAAAGCAACUUCAUUCUUCACAAUAACAAGUCGGAAAGAUGAGUUCUAUUUAUUGGGUUUGUCAAACAUGCGAUGCUCUCUGCGUCGUAACAAAUUUUUCGAAUUAUGUAUUUCUUUGUGCAUUUAUCCCGCCAACGCAAGGUUUAGAAUGCUUCCGGGUAGUGUGCUCGUACACGAACUGGGCACAAUAUCGCCCGGGGGACGGGCGGUUUCUUCCGGAGGACGUGGAUCCCUCGCUAUGUACCCAUCUGAUCUACGUGUACGCAAAACUGAAAGGCAACAAGCUAGAGCCCGCCGAGUGGAAUGAUGAGAGCACAACAUGGAGUGAGGGAAUGUACCAAAGAGUUAUAAACCUGAAGGACCUUAAUCCUGAGAUGAAAGUGCUUCUUGGAGUCGGAGGGUGGCAGAUGGGAAGCACGGAUUUCAGCCGAAUGUCAAUGAGCCAGGGGAGCCGACGAGCGUUUGCGAGGUCAACAGUAAAAUUUCUCAGGGAUCGCAAGUUCGAUGGCUUGAGUAUUGAUUGGCAGCAUCCGACAAAACGUGGUGGACGUCCGAAGGACAAGGAAAACUUCUCGUUACUUCUUCAGGAUUUGCGGUUAGCGUUUGACAACGAAGGCCAAAUGACGGGUAAACCGUCACUUAUGCUAUCUGCAGGCGUGUCAGCCAGUAAGGAAGUCAUUGAUACAGCCUAUGAGCACAAUAAUAUCACAAAGUACGUGGAUUUCUUAAACGUGUUUGCGUUUGAUCUCCAUGGCGAUUGGGACAACUACACGGGCCAUCCGAGCCAGCUGUACGCACGAAAGGAGGAGUUCGGACCGGCCACGGAAGUCAAUGUUGACGCCGUCAUGCGGUACUGGAUGUCGCUGGUCCCCGAUGUGACCAAGCUGGUACUCGGCGUGUCUACGUACGGACGCACAUUCACCCUCAGGCGGGCGAGGCACACAGAGUACAACGUUCCUACUGUCGGCCCCGGGGUCGAGGGCGAGUACACGAGACAGCCGGGGAUGUUGGCAUAUUAUGAGCGAUGCCUACAGUAUGUUGACGCCCCAAGGGUGUGGGACCCAGUAAGCCAAGUUCCUUAUUGGCACAGCGGUGAUCAGUGGAUUGCUGGCGAGGAUACGGACAGCAUUCGUGCGAAGGUUAACUGGACCAGAACCUAUCAAAUUGGAGGCAUGCUGAUAUGGUCACUUGAUACAGACGACGUCAAAAACCAAUGUUCGGAGGGUGCGUUUCCUCUUCUCAAAACGGCUGUCUCGGCUCUCCGGAUUCCGCUUGAUAAGAAUGCUACUCGACCUUUCAUUCCGAGAGCUGAGCCAAGAACAGUAACGACACCGGCAAAAGUUGAAGAAGCACCUUAUACUGUUGAUUAUUUCGCAACUGGUGAUUCUGGGGCAGUCGUUGACACUGUGCCAAUAGCCACCACCCCUGCACCAAAGAGAAGGCCAGCCACAACAAAGACAACAACUUCUACGUCAACUACAGCAACAACUACAACACAGGCGACAACGUCUACUUCUACUACAUCUACAACUACAGCACAGACAACAACUACGUCAACUACAGCCACAACUACAACACAGGCGACAACGUCUACUUCUACUUCACCUACAACUACAGCACAGACGACAACUUCUGCUUCUACUUCACCUACUACCACAACAAAGGCGACAAUUCCUACUUCUGCUACACAUACAACCACAACCCAAGCGACCACUUUUACUACAGGUAUUACCACAACCAUGGCGACAACCUCUACUUCUACUGCAGCUACAGCCACAACAAGUACAACAACGUCAAGACCGAGAGUUUCGGAAGAUGGCGUACAACCAAAAAAGCAACCAGUACCCCCAAGGCUGACACGAGAGCAGCAAAUAAAACUUAAUCAAGAAAGACGUCGUAAAAUUAUGCAAAAUAGGCAAAACAAAACCACAAGUCCAACAGUCACUCACAAUGUUAUAAGCACACCACAAACAACAACACCAUCAACGAUUGUGACUCAAACAACUAUGAUAAUAUCUACGUCUAACACAAAGACACAAUCAACGCCUGAACCAAAGCAAAAUCAACCAAAGCCUAACGAUAAACGAGUGAACGAUCCAGCUGAAAUCCAAAAACGACGGCAGCGUAUUAUGGUCAUGCGACGUCAGAGAAUGCAAGAAAGUCGUCGUAAAAGUAUGCAAAAUAGGCAAAACAAAACCACAAGUCCAACAGUCACUCAAAAUGUUAUAAGCACACCACAAACAACAACACCAUCAACGAUUGUGACUCAAACAACUAUGAAAAUAUCAACGUCUACUACAACGACACAAUCAACGCCUGAACCAAAGCAAAAUCAACCAAAGCCUAACGAUAAACGAGUGAACGAUCCAGCUGAAAUCCAAAAACGACGGCAGCGUAUUAUGGUCAUGCGACGUCAGAGAAUGCAACAAAACCAGCAGACGACACACGCUUAUCCCACUUCUUCACCAACAACAGCAGCUACGCCAGCCCCAACAGCUAGCAAGAUUACUAUUGCAAAAGUUACCAUUGAGCCGACAAAACCCACUACACAGACACCAGCAGUGCCGAAGGAAAACGGGGACAAACCGAAUCGUAGACAACUUAGUCCUUUACAAAUACAACGAGUACAACAACGACAGCGGCAACUGAAACAGCAAAAACAACAACAACAGAAUCAAACAAGUUAAUAACACGUGUUGUUUAAUUAGAGGGAGAAGGUGUAAUACAUAUUGCUUUUGCUUUAAAUGUUGCGUCUGUUUUUGUUAGAGAUUUUUGUUACUUUUGUUUAUAUCUAAUAUCAUAUAAGGGCUUUCCAUGCUUUCCACAUUCUUUUUGCGUUUUUCAGCUUUGAAUAAAUGUUUGUUUAAAGCGUGGCGUACUUGUAUUGUUUGUAUGUUGGUCUAUAUUUUGAUGGAUUGGUUAGGGAUCCUAAAUAUACCAUAUCGC